AUGAUCCGAGAGUUCCUGCGAUCCGAAAGCUUGAGCAAGGUUUUGGCCGGACUGGACCCGGCACGAUGUCACACGGCGGAGCGAGACUAUUGGCAGCUGAUUGAAGAAAUCAAGGUUUCAGACUUGAAAUAUAGCCACAACAACAUUUCCAGAAAGUUCCUGCAUGGAGAUCAGGCGGGCCGACCUGUUGAGAGUUUGGCCGAGGACCUGUUCGCAGGAAGGUUGCAGCCAACCGACGUUGCGGCACUGGUGGGGGUGAGAUGGAAGGGCAAAGUCUUCGUGAUCUGCGGCAAUCGGCGCUGUAAGGCAAUGAAGCUCUUCGCUGAAUGGUCCGCCUCCUGGCACAGGCAGGAGCCGAAGGCGCGGGUCAUAGUGCACGAUUUCCCCCGCCUCUCGGGCAUAGACGACCCCGACGUUCGCUGGGCAUUCAUGCUCAAGGCUACUGAAUCCAUGUCCACCGUCACGGGCGGGGAGUCGGUUCAAGUUGGGCGAAGAUGCAGACAUCGUUAA